UGUUCUGCUCGGGGUCGGAGUGGGUCUGUUCGGUCAUGCGGGGCUCCGUGUGAAGCUCAGAGGAUUGUGUGCACGUGAGGAGUGCUGGAAAACUGCACAUCUGAAGAUUGUUUCAAAAACAUGGACGGGAGUGGGAAUAACUGCGAGGAUGAGGAGGGUCCUCAGGAGGAAGAAGAAGUGGACCCUAGAAUCCAGGGAGAACUGGAAAAGUUGAACCAGUCUACAGAUGGCAUCAACCGCUGGGAGAGCGAGCUGGAGGACUACCGUCAGAGGUUUCGUGACGUGUUGGUGGAAGCUACAGUGAAGCUGGAUGAACUGAUGAAGAAGUUAGGUCGAGCUGUGGAUGACUCCAAACCUUACUGGGAAGCCCGCAAAUUGGCAAGAAAGGCUCAGGCAGAAGCCCAGAAAGCCACUCAGGAAUUCCAGCGGGCUGUUGAGAUCCUGCGGGCGGCUAAAGAGACCAUCGCCCUGGCAGAGGAGAAACUUCUGGAAGAAGACAGCCGGCAGUUUGACUCAGCCUGGCAGGAAAUGCUCAACCACGCUACGCAGAAAGUGAUGGAGGCAGAGCAGGCGAGGACACAGAGUGAAGCUGAGCACAAGAAAACAGCAGCUAACUACAAUUCCUGUAUGGGCCACAUGAAGCUGCUGGAGAAGAAACUGAGGCGCUCCAUAAGCAAAUCCAGACCCUAUUUUGAACUGAAAGCCAGAUAUUAUCUACAGCUUGAGCAACUGAAGCACCAUGUGGACGAGCGUCAGGCCAAGCUUGUGGUCGCCAAGGCUGAGUACCGUGCAGCGUUACGUAACUUGGAGAGCAUCUCAGAGGAGAUCCAUGCCCAUCGACGCUCCCUAGCUAUAGGAACCAGAGAGCGUGGCGUUGGUGCAGAGGGGGACGAAGGUCAUGAAGACAUUGCAAACUUCACCAUGGAGUCAGAUGGCUUGUCGAUGGUGUCAGUAUCAAUGGACGAAGUGGGCAGUCAAAGCUCUGAGGAGGAGGCCAACACUCACACCACCUCCUCACCUUCCUCGUCUUCAUCCCACCCUCCUCCACCUGCCUCCACUCCUCUCAGCACGCCUUGCCUUUUCCCCACCUCCCCUUCAUCUCGCUCCCUCUCCUCUUCCUCCUCCUCCUCCUCCUCAUGUCCCAGUGGUCUGGACUUGGAGAGCCCCUGCAGCUCUCACAGCGCAGACUCAGUCUGCGGUUCUGGGCCCGCCUCACCGGUACUGGGCCCUCGCAGCCAGUGCAGCGGAGCUUCCUCUCCGGACUGCGACCAGGAGAGAGGUGACAGAGCAGAAGGAGCAGGAGGAGCUGAGGUCUCGCUGGGCCUGAACAAGCUAACCCUGACUGGUGCACAGGAACAGGAGGACUCAGAGGACGAGGAAGAUCCCCAUUUCAUCAACACUGAAAUCUGCUCUCCCAGCGCCGCCACAGCGAUUCUGUUAUUUAACAGCGUGUGAUGAGCCCGCCGGACCCCCAACACUAACUGC